AUUACCAUUAUUUUUUUCGCAAAAGGUGAAAUAAAUUAUAUUAUUGGUCUUUUAUCCCAUUUUCCCUUGUUUUCUCUGUAUUACUGGUAAGAACAGGGUAUAGAACAACGGUAAAAACAACCCAUACCCCAGCAUAGACCCACUUGGGUGAGGUCUCUGGAUGUAUGUAUGUUCAAUGUUGGCUUAUGCUGAAGCAACUCAAACUGUAGAUAUUGUAUGAACUGUAUUUCUAGAAAAUAGUCAAUAAAUUUCAUUCUUUAGGUACCUAUAUUUAAGGUGAACACUUUCAUAUGUAGUAGAUUGCCUGACUGCCCAGCCAGCAAAUUCUCAAAGCUGGCAACAGAUUUGACAAAAAGUCCAACCAAGGGAACCAAGGUCCAACAUAAUAGUCCAACCUGAAGCCGGAACCAGAUUCUUUGCAGUAACUGCAGUCUGCAGUCUGCGAUAAUGGAUGAAGCAAUGGGUGAUGCAGCAGGUCAUUCUCCUGGCCAUGAAGCAUUAGAGCAGAUGUCAUCUCACUUGGAUAGUGUCAAAGUAAAGGAGGAGGUCCGUGUUAAAAAGGAAUUUAAACUGAAUGAUCUGGAAGGACAACGCCGCAGUGCCUUCAUGACAUAUAAGCCGGCGGCCACCAUUCUCACCAAUCUGCAGCGGGGCAACGUGCAGGCCGAGGUGCCCAGCGUGGAGCCCUGUCAGCUGACACUGCACCAGCGCGCCGGGAUGGGCGACCUGACGGCGGCCGACCUUCAGGACGUGGCGAACGUGGACGAAUCUGACGACAUGGGCUACAGCGCGCUGAUGUGGGCGUCCGCCUACGGCCAGGUGCCCACCGUCCGCCUGCUGCUGGAGCACAAGGCGAACAGCGCUCGGCUGGGCCCGGACGGCGAGACGCCACUGAUCCUGGCCACCAGCAGCGGCCACUACGAGAUCGUUCGACUGCUCAUCAACGCCGGCGCCGACGUCAACCACGCCGACGAGAACGGCAACACGGCACUAAUGUACGCCGCCUUCAGUAAUAGUCCGCACGCCGUCAACGAGCUGCUGUUCAGUGGCGCAGACGUGGCCGCCACGAACAUUAACGGCGAGUCAGCGCUGUCCAUCGCCGUCCAGCGCGCCAGCCAGCUCGCUCAGGUGGUGCUGGAGCGGUACCUCAUGUCCAAGGUGCUGCCGGCCCUGAAGGACUCGGUGCCAGACACGGUUGGCGAGACGAGGUGACCCUGGCAGUCGUAACGGGGCGGCGUCACGACGACCAGUGAGACCGUAGGCAGCCGGCAGGAGACGUACUGAGGGCACGGACACCCAACCGUGAUACGGUUCAAACGGGGUCGCUUCGAACGGGUCUUAGUCACCGUGCACUGUGGCACAAGCGUCCUGUCAUGGCGCGUGUGAGUCCCAACAGAUGUCCGAAUUAUUAAAAAAAAACAUUUCUUUAAUGUGAUGACGUAGUAUUCAUGUCUUAUAAUCAUGUUACAAAUGUCGUUAAUACUAUUUUAGUUUGUGACAUAGCAGCAUGUUGAGCUAACAUUUAUCAUAUACCCAAAUGUGACGGUGAUUAACUGUGCGGUAGUACUGACAAAAAGCAGUCUGUUUGUGAGCUCGAUGUUCAGUCUCGUAUCUGCAGAUUAAUGAGGGGUUCUAAGCGAGAUGCGAGUUGCUGGGUAACUGAUAGGCGACAAAUCAACGUUUUCACGCGAAUCAUAUUUUAUUUUUAGCAUGUUCACUGUCCAAUAGUGUGUUUCGUUGAUUCUGAUAUUGUCUGGGACUCUGCCAGCAGAGCUGAUGUGUGUUUGCUGUCUGUGAUAACAUGUGCGAGACCGCUUGCUAGUUGCUCGGGUCAGCGGAAAACUUCGGGUUACGAUGGCAUCGUGAUGCGAAUACAAGUUGUAUGUAUGAUA